CCUGCGCAGGUGAAGCGCAACGUGCUCGCGUCCUUCACGGAUGUACUCCUCCUUCCCGUGACGAUUGUCCCGCGCACAGCGGCUACCGUCGGCAAGGCCGUCGCGGCGGGCGGGUCCGCGGCUGUCCAGGGCAUCUCGAUGCUGAACCCGCAGAAGUGGGGUGCGAGCGCGGCGGGUGACGCGGACAGUGUUGGAGGAGGUGGUAGUGGAGGAGGGAUUGGGAAGCGGUUCUCGAAGCUCGGCUCAUGGAGGCAGUCUCGGGGAGGGAGUGUGGACUACAAGAAGAACUGGUAUACACAAGACUUCGAGAAGGGCCAGGAUGGAAGCACGUUGUUCGAGAUCGGGGAUGUGGACGAGGAUGCGGACGGGGAUGUGGGGGAUCAGGACGAAGAUGAGUUCGCAAACGAGAAGGAUAUGGAGAUCGAGAGUGAGAAGACAGACAGAUGGUCCGUGUCGUCGAGUACGACCGCCCACUCCCAGCUUACACCAUCUAUCUUCUCGAAGACGACCUCCUCCUCAACCUCGACUUCUACGCGCACUUCCACUCCGCUACCCGCGCCGCCUUCGAUAAAUUUGAUCUUUUGCUCUCGCUCGACAUCGCCCUCGAGCUCAUCCACGCCGAUCGCGAGUCCCUCAAGCGUGCGGAGACGUUCUCGGGAUACCCGGGGCAGUACGGCCACCGAGUACGGGACACGAUCGAGGAGAUCUUCGUUCUCCUGCUGCAAGCGAUCGGCGAGCGGCACGUCAAGCCCGGGUUUGAUACGUGUGUACCUCGUCGACGUGUGAUGGAGAAAUGUGUGAGAUGCUGAUGCGUAUAAACAGAGCGACACAGCAAAUGAGGACGUACCAGCCGGCGGAGCACGAAGAGACGAGGAGCGUCGCACCGCUGCUCCAGUUCUUCGAGCUGGUGCAUGUGGGCGACACCAUCCAGAGUAUGGU